AUGACAGUAAUUAAUGAAAGCCACCCUGACGAGUUCAUUCUACUGGGCUUUGCUGACCGACCUUGGCUGGAGCUGCCCCUGUUCAUUAUUCUGCUGAUCACAUACCCCAUGGCCAUGAUGGGAAACAUCGCCAUCAUCCUGGUGUCCAAGUUAGACCCUCAUCUCCACAGCCCCAUGUACUUCUUCCUCACCAACCUGUCCUUUCUGGACAUGUGUUACACCACAAGCAUUGUGCCUCAGAUGCUUUUUAACUUGGGAAGCUCUAAGAAGACCAUCAGCUAUGUGGGGUGUGCAGCUCAGGUUUAUUUCUUCAGCACGACAGGGGCCACAGAGUGUCUGCUCUUGGCUGUUAUGUCCUUUGACCGCUAUGUGGCCAUCUGCAGGCCUCUGCAUUACACCCUCAUCAUGAAUCAGCGCAUCUGCCUCUUACUAGUGUCCAUAGUGUGGCUGACAGGGAUUACCUAUGCUGUCUCAGAGGCCACUGCUACACUACAGUUGCCACUGUGUGGCAUCAAUGAACUGGAUCACUUGGUCUGUGAGAUUCCGGUUCUGAUUAAGACCGCCUGUGGUGAAAAGGAGGCUAAUGAACUUGCACUGUCGUUGGCAUGCGUUUUUAUAAUAGCUGUCCCUCUGUGCUUAAUUCUAGCUUCCUAUACCCAUGUUGGACGUGCUGUGCUUAAAAUUAAAUCCUCUGGAGGAAGGAAAAAGGCCUUUGGAACAUGUUCCUCUCAUCUCGUUAUUGUUCUCUUAUUUUAUAGUCCAGCCAUCAGCAUAUAUCUUCAGCCCCCUUCCUCUGUCUCCAGGGACCAGCCCAAGUUCAUGGCGCUCUUCUACGGGGUGGUGAUUCCUUCCCUCAAUCCCUUCAUCUACACCCUGAGGAAUAAGGACAUGAAAGGUGCAUUAGUCAAGCUAGUGAGGGGCAUUUUUUGUUCCAAGUGA